AUGAUCGUUGGAUGGAAUUACGAGAAUGCUUUCUUUUACUUGCCCGGAUUGAGUUUUUGUGUCAUUUCUGCGGCCAUCAUCGGCUUGGCUGAUCCACUUUUUAUUAGUGAAAUCUCACCGAUUCAACAUAAAGGCUUCUACACGGCCACCACUUUGGCGUUCGCCGGUGUAUUCAAUGGGAUUUGCUUGGUGUUGGCGAGAGAAGAUCUAUGGGGAACACCACAAAAAUGGGGAUAUAUUGCGAUUUUGGCACAAUGCGUGAACAUUUUCGUCCCAAUCAGCGGCCUCUUCUUGCCAGAUCAAUCGGCCGAUUCGCAAGGUUAUUUGAAUGUGUUGUGUUACCGUAUUUUGGAGGGCUCCGGUUUCCCAGCUCUCACCUACGUGGUCGCCACCGAAAUUCUCCCCAAACAAUUUGUGGUCACUGGUGGGCAGUUUGCCAUGAUGGGCAGUUCCCUUUUCAUCGGUUUGAUCGCCACGUUGACCCCGCUUGCUAGUCUCGAGAAAAAGCCUUUGUUGUUGAGUGAAGAAGAACCCCCUGAUUAUUCUACAAUU